GUAACGGAGCCGUUUGAAUUUGACUCUACUCAAGAGCGCCCCAACCUAUCGCUCUGCCCAAUUUGAUUAAACCAUAAUCCUUGUCUAGCUAGGAAUGGCUGAAGUCGCGAUGCCGGGCGACCCUCGCCUUCAGCGUUGCGGCUUCGCCAAGCUCCAGGGCGAAGGAAUUGAGUUUUUCAUGCGUAGAUAUGAAAUAACAAUGGGGCGAAACAGCAAGAACAGCACGCUAGACCUCAUCCUUGGCGACAGCACCACGAUCAGUCGGCAGCACGCAAGUAUCCGCUACAAUUUUGACACGAAGCAGUUCGAGCUGGUGGUGCUGGGCAAGAAUGGCGUGUCCGUGGACCACGGCGACGGCAACUUCCACCUCUACACGCCCGAGUCCCCUCCCACCGCCCUCAAGUCUCGCGACUUGCUCAUGUUGGGCGAGAAGAAGUUCUACUUCCUGCUACCCCGCACCCUUGGGUCACGGAAGCGGCGGCGGACGGAAGCGUCACCCGCGCCAACGGGGGCGCCUGCGCCUGUGGCGGCCGCGCCAGCGGCGCCUGUGGCGGCCGCCGCGCCGGCUGCAGCUCCUGCAGGGCCGCAUGCCGCGCAGCCGCACGUGGCACCUCAGCCACAUGUGGUGCCUGUGGCCCCUCAGCCGCCGUCGGCUGUAGCGCCCGUGCCUCAGGCCGCCGCUGCCGCCGCCGCUGUGGUGCAGCCCGGCGCAGCCGACCCCGGACAUGUAGCAGCGGCGGUACCGCCGCCCCAGGCAUCAGCACCUCAAGUGGCGGCGCCACCGGUGCAAGCAGCAGCAGUGGCGGCGCCACCACCAGCGCCACAGCAGCCAGUGGCGGCGGCGGCGGCAGACGAGGAGGACGCACUGAUUGGCGGGGGCGGGCCAAUGGAGUACGACAACGGGGCGGCGUACGGCAACUUUGCGGGUGGUUUUUAACGACGCUACGCCGUGGCGACUAGGUUCGUCUUGCAGCAAGACUUUGUGUUUGUAACGCUGAUGCGUUGAAUCGUAAAGGUGAUGGGGGCCAGCACAUGCCGUGCCUGGAGGCGUGUGGGGACCUGUGACGUGCGGUAUACGGUUGUGUGUUUCGAGUCGUUAAGGCCGUACGCCAGCUGUCGCUACGGUGUCUUUACUGGCGCCGGCAACACGCGGGUCUAGUCUGGUCUGGUCUGGCCUGGGCCCAACAACGACACGAAUGCGGGGUGUUGCGAGGUGCGCGGCGCGACUUAUGUGGAGCGGCAAUUCAGUGCAUCUACCGAUUGGCGCUGUAAUGAUAGGAACGUUUUGUUGCGCGUUUGGUUAGCCCAGGCGCCCGCAGCGAGGCAACAGGGUGCAGAAGCGCGGCGCUCUGGCCUCAGGCAUGCUGUCGCAAUCCUGUCAGAUGUAAGGCAUGCUGUAU